AUGGUCAGUGGCGUCAAGUCGGCAAAAGAGUCAUUUUUUGCUUCACCACUCUACGACUUUUUGUCACCCUUCAGGCCGGUUGCAAACCAGUACUACGCGGAAUACGUUAUUGUCAUUUUCGCUCUUGUUAUUCGAUGCGCGGUGGGCUUAGGAUCUUUUUCUGGGGAAGGAGUUUCUCCUCUAUUUGGAGAUUUUGAGGCACAGCGGCAUUGGAUGGAGCUAACCACAAACAUUCCGAUCAGUCAAUGGUAUUGGUUUGACUUGCAAUAUUGGGGACUAGACUAUCCUCCACUUACCGCUUACCAUUCACUUCUCCUCGGAAAACUGGGGUCCCUUUUUAAUCCUGAAUGGUAUGCUUUGGGAUCAUCUCGUGGCCUUGAACUACCUGCUCUCAAGGCUUAUAUGCGCUUCACAGUGAUCCUCAGUGAAGCUGCUUUAUAUAUACCUGGCGUGAUCUAUUUCACAAAAUGGUUUGGAAUCAAAAGGCGACAGUCACCAAUUGGUACUUAUAUCGCUGCGGCAGCUAUUCUUUUUCAACCAUCGCUCAUUUUAAUCGAUCAUGGUCAUUUUCAGUACAACUCCGUUAUGUUAGGGUUGACGGUUUAUGCUAUUAAUAAUCUGUUAGACGGUUUCCAUGGACCAGCAGCCGUUUGUUUCGUGCUGUCACUAACUUUCAAACAGAUGUCACUGUACUAUUCGCCCGUUUUUUUCGCUUAUCUGCUCAGCAGAUCACUGUUUUCACCGUCUUUCAAUGUUUCCAGGUUUAUUUCAGUGGCUUUACAUACUCUGAUCUCAUUUGCCGUACUGUUCUUUCCCUUGUACAAAUUUGGUGGUCUCAAAAAUGUUUUACAAUCAAUACAUAGGGUCUUUCCCUUUGCUCGGGGCAUUUUUGAAGACAAGGUGGCCAAUUUCUGGUGCGUAUCAAAUGUUUUCUUCAAGUAUGCCGAAAAUUACAGUCAAAUUCAACUACAAAAGCUUUCUAUUGCAGCCACUGGUGCUGGCUUCCUGCCAGCAUUCUUGUUAAUAUUCCUGUAUCCCAAGAAGCAUAUGUUACCUUUUGCAUUGGCUGCAUGUUCCAUGGCAUUUUUCCUUUUCAGUUUUCAGGUACAUGAGAAGUCUAUAUUGGUUCCUCUCCUUCCUAUAACUUUACUUUACUGUUCCACCAAUUGGAAUGUACUCUCGAUGGUAAGUUGGAUCAACAAUGUUGCUCUGUUUACACUUUGGCCGUUGUUGAAGAAAGAUAAUCUCACCAUACAAUAUGUGGUGAUGUUGAUCUUAAGCAAUUGGUUGAUUGGCAAUUUCAGUUUCUGCACUCCACGCUUCUUGCCCCACUUUCUGACUCCUGGACCUUCAGUGAGCGACGUGGGCGACAGUUAUCGAAGAAGAAGCCUGUUACCCGAAAGCGUUAUUUGGAAAUUGAUAAUUAUCACCUCUUAUCUGGCUAUGGGGCUGAUUCAUUGCUUGGAUGUUUUUGUUGAGCCACCAAGUACCUUGCCCGAUUUGUGGGUACUCAUGAAUUGUGCGUUGGGUUUUUCCUGUUUCGCUCUUUUCUGGCUAUGGAACAACUACAAGCUAUUCACACUGAGGAAUAAGUCAUUUGAAGACUUUUAA